CUAGCUAAAUUUUAAUUAAAAAAAAUAGUUGCAAGGGGGGAAAUGAAAUUUCUUAUAAAAUUAUAGGUAAAAUAGUUGUACGUUUCUUGUAAAUAUAUCCUACUGUCCUCCACCGGUAAUACAUCCUAGCUAGUAAUAAGGUUUACAUUUCAAAAACUUUUCUUGAGGCUGUCCGUGUAACAAAUUUAUUUAUAAUUUGCAAAAGAGAAAGGGGAAUAAGAAAAUGAUGGAGUGUAACAAUUUAGAACUGUCACGUGUACCGCAUGGCGCAUUGAAAGAAGUUUGAAGAUUGAAGAAUAAUGGGAGGGAGGAGAAAAGAAAGAAAUAAGGGCAAUGUGGUCUAUUAUCCAUUUCCCAAAUGAUGGUACUAAUAAGUUAGCAAAACGAAAUCCAAGAAUCGCCAGAAAUGACCAAUCAGCUAAGUCCACGUCCGAAUGAAAAGCAAAACCUCAGCUUCGUAAUAAGGUUUUGUCGUUGUAUCUGAUUAUCAUCCCCACUCAAUAGCUCGAUCGUACGCAGUCAGCAGUGGGGACCCCACCACCCUCACCACUUUUUUCUACUUACUUUUUUCUGCACUUUUUCGUGACUCCCCUCUCCUCUGUGACUUUUUGUGGGAUAGCAUCAUUGGAAGCUUUGUCUUCUUCAUUAACCCAAGAAACUAAGGAAAUACACUUUGGGUAAACAGGGAUGGUGUUGGGGUUUAAAGAGGAGCAGAAAAGGAGGAGGAAAAGAUCAGUAAGAUUGAAAUCGAUUAGUAUGCCUUGUAGUGAUGAUGACGAUGAAUUGCCAAUCGCAUCCUUGAUUGCCAAAAUUAAAAAGCCCAAGAAGAAGAUACAGUCUGGUGGAGGUAAUAGUAGUAAACAAUCCUCCCGGAAAAGUAGAAGCAAGAUCAGAAAACCGAAGUAUCUUAGUCUCCGGCUUCAAUUUUCCUCCUGUUCGGAUCAAAGAUCCGAAGAAGAAUCCACUCAAAUGGCUUCUCCUGACGACUAUUCGGGUUCGAAGCAGCUCCAGUUGUUCCCGGUCCACCCGGAGGAGAAAGAAGCCCACGACGAGAACAUGGCUUACUUGCUCUCCGCCGCGGACGGCGGCGCGUCUACUCUAACCGGACUCCUUGAAUCCAACACCAACACCAACGGAUCAUGUACAUCUGAUCAUCAUAAUCAGGAAAACAUCAUCAACAACAACAACGACAGCAGCGGUACCGGUGGGACGACGACUUUAUCGCCGUCGGGGUCGCUGACGUACGCGCGGGAUGAGGAGGUGGCGCUGGUACGGACGGCGUUGAGGAGCAAAGAGAGGGAACCGAGUGAGGAGAGAUGGGUGCGUUACUCGGAAGUGGUGGAACGGAGGGAAGAUCAGGAAGUUAGUAGCUGCACGGCGGUCCCCGAAACGGCGACGGCCGGGGGGCGGUGGAAGAGAAAUCAACGGCUGUCGUUGAAGCUUGACUAUGAGGAGAUCUUGACGGCCUGGUCAAAUAAAGGGUCGCUAUUCAUACAUGCAGCUUAUGCAGAAGCAGCACCGCCACAAUCCCCACAGAUAGUCCCUGAUCUCCACAAUGACGACUUGCUGGUUUCCCAUUUCCCCACCGGAAUGAUUAGCAAUGGAUGGGGAAAUGACCCCAGCUAUGUUUGGAGGGUUCCAGAAUUCACAGUCCCUGGACUUGAAUUAGGCCAUAACUUGGUGCGCCCAAAGAUAGAGGAACAACAAGAACAAGGUGUUGUACCGGCAGAGUUGAUGGUUGGAGUUGGAGGCGAUCAGUGGAAGAUGGAACAAAGAGAGGCCAGCGUGAAAAGAUACAAGGAGAAGAGACAGAACAGACUCUUUUCCAAACGGAUUCGAUACCAAGUCAGGAAGCUUAAUGCUGAGAAACGGCCUCGCAUUAAGGUAUCAAUCAUUUAUGUCUGCAGGAAAAGAAAAAAAAUGUUUGCAACCACAUUCACACACUGCGCCUUAUAGUGUAGCACAUAAAUCGUUGUGUUAAUGUGUCCUGAGUUUGCCUGGCGGGGUUACAUUAUGUUGCUCUUGUGUUGCAGGGACGAUUUGUGAAAAGCUAGAAGAAAGGAAGAAACGAGAUAUUCUUCGUCUGUCAUAUUCUUACAUUAGCUUGUAAGUAUAUAUAUCAUGUGUCACUUCUGUUCGUAUCCUAGAGACAGACAUACGCAAGUAAAAAUGGCUGUAUGGUUCUAUCAUCCAAAAGAAAAAUAAAACCAUAACCAAAACAAAACAAAAAAAAAAGAGCGCAAAAAGCGAAGGCGCUGUUUUUUGUUAUUGAAAAAAUUCUAUAUCAUCCAGGAAGUUCAAUUACUUCAGUGGCAGUACAACGUUAACUACUCUUGAAAUGCCAAGGGUUUAAGGUGGGGGGCUUUUUAUGUGUCUGUAGUCUCUCUGCUGCAACAGGUCAAACAAAUUGCAUCCAAACAAUUAGAGAAUUCAAUUUACAAUUUACAUUAGUCGUGCUUAUAUUUGUCUCACAUACUAAUAGUUCCCUCUGAACUAAAUCAUGAGACCGGAAUGAAAUGAGUGAUCAACGGUACAUCCUUGUAAAAAGAUAUAAAUAAAUAAAAAUACAUCAAUUGUGUGAUAUACAUACAGAUAAGUAAAGCAUCACAAAAGAGGAAAGCAUACGAAUGCUGACCUGAAAUUCACCUCCAAAUCCCCAAUUAUAUACUCUGUUAUAGUGUUAUAUUAUUGAUUAAGCUAUUAUACUUAUACCUCUAUCGCAAUAACGACAAAUCAUUAAAGCUUAACUGGAAAAUUUUGAGACUCUUGUCUGGAAGGGGAUUGAUACCUUGGCGUGUUGUCAAGCAUUCUGACUCCCCCUCUGGUCGUAGCGAAUCCAAGAAAAUAAGAUGCAAGGUAUAAAUUGGUCGACAGAAGAAAAGAGAGUACAAAGCUGCCCAUACACAUAAGCUUUGUUGGAUAUGUGCAAUUGUGCUCUCUAUCUUCUGUCAACCAUAAAUCCAUAUGCAAAUUGGAUUCUAAGAUGAAGAUCGAUAUAAACGGACAUCAACAUAUCUUCAUCUUGCAGAUAAUAUUGCAAAUUGGGCUAUAAAUCGACAACUCGGAAGAGAAGAAAGCCGAAGAGAUGAAAGAAACAAUCUAGAUCGGGAUGACAAAAUUCAAUGGCCAUAUGCUACUACUAUUAUGAAAAGACUCGGAGCUUAUUGUUCAAAGGUAGACAUGAACAAAACUUAAAUUUAGUAUACUAGUCUUAUUCCAGAGUCUUAAUUAGUUAGUUGUAUGUACAGAGUUACGUAUUCGGAUUCCAGAAUUUACAAGCAAUUUCUUCCAGUCAUUAAUUAGUAGAGUAAGCGACUGAGGAUAUUUCAUAUUUUUCUUGCACUUGAUUGAUUUAGCUUUCAUUUUCACCGUCACCCUUGUUGACUUCACAAACCGGGUGAAGCCCAUUCCUGUCUUGUACCUCUUCAAAUCUCC